UCGCCGCCAGUCGUUCGAGUGAUGCUUACCGCGUGCGUGCUGACCUACUCAGUAGCAUAUUCUUCAUUGUUCCAUUCGUUUCGUUUUUCGGUUUCCCAAAGUCCACGGCGUUAAAUCUAGAUGAAUCUGACUACCUAAUAUCGAGUAGUAAUUUUAGAAAUACUAACCGGAACGCACGGUAUUCAAGUUGUAAAGUCGCAAAUUGCAAGCAGAAGAGAGACAGCAUGGCGGUCAAGUUCAAUGAACGAAAUCAUCCCUACGUGGACUUGGGCGAUGGCUAUAGCAUAUGUUUUAACAGAGCAGCAUAUGAAGAAGACAAACAACUGAGACAGCACGAAGAGUUGUCAGAGGUAACGGUCACGGCCUUGACCGAAUUACGCCGACUCACGGAAACAAAACGGAACCUGAAUUUGAAGGUCGACCAAAGCAACUGGUCUGUGAUGCUGUACUUGCAGUGUUAUGAAAAUGAUAUCAAGAGGACGUUCGCCUUGUUGGAUCACGGGUACCGGUUGCUGUAUAAGGAAGCUGAUUAUUCUCUACCCUAUGCCCGGAUAAGACAUGUAUUCGAGGAAGGUCUUAUACGAUAUUUGCCGAAAUACGAUGCCGAUGGAGCGGUGAUAUUCGUCGUGGAAAUGAGCCGUCGAUGGAACCCGUCGAAGAUAUCCUUGCAGGAGUUCAUCGCUGCUAUUCGCAUUGGUGGCCUGGCUCUAAUGCUCAACCCGGACGCCCAGCGGAAUGGUUGCAAGGUUCUGUUCGACGUGGAGGGUCUUUCGAUGAGCCAUAUUUCGCACUUUACCCCACGUAGCUCCAACUUCCUGUUCGAUUUGAUCGAGAAUUGUACUCCGAUUCGGACCAAGGGAAUGCAUACCGUCAACAAUGGUAUGAUGUACAAUGUGUUGUUUGCGAUACUGAAACCAUUCAUGAGCAAAGAACUGCGAGGAAAGACUUAUAUGCACGGUACGAACUGGAACUCGCUGACGAAGCACAUCAGUCCGGAGUGUUUGCCUCCAAAGUAUGGCGGAACAUCGGAAGCCCCGGAGUGUGACGGAAAAGUAUUAGGGGAAUUGUUGCAACAUUACGAGGGCUAUUUUGCAGAGUACAACUCUUAUGGAUAUACUGAAAAUCCAGAUAAAUAGUAACUCGCUCCGUGUUGCUUGAGAAUUAUCAAGUCAGUACCUAAAUGUGUAACGUUUUUAUAAUAAACAGAAGAAUACUUAACUUACUUUAGAAUAAAAUAGGUAUUUAAUUA